ACUCUGUCAGAACAAUAGGACUAAAACGAUAGUCAAGUAGAUCGUAGACGACGUGACGCCAUAUCUUGGAGAUCUGUCAAAAUUGAGCCUUCAAACAAUUUAUAUUUAUCGAGAUUUUGUAGCGAUUUGACUUGUCUCAAAUGUAAAAUGCCAGUUAAAGUUGAAAUAGUGCCUCCUCCGCCAGCUAACUCUAAACAACCAGGGGUAACAAGGUCACUUUUGUACAACGGUUCCAGAUUCCAAGGUCACCAAAAAUCGAAGGGAAACAGCUACGAAGUUGAAGUUGUAUUACAGCAUGUUGAUGAAGAAAAUUCCUACCUCUGUGGAUAUCUCAAAAUUAAAGGGUUGACAGAAGAGUUCCCAACAUUAACUACGUUUUUCGAUGGUGAAAUCAUCAGCAAAAAAUAUCCUUUUUUAACAAGAAAAUGGGACGCUGAUGAGGACGUUGAUAAAAAACAUUGGAGCAAGUUCAGUUCUUUCUACCAGUACGCCAAGACAUUCAACUCAGACUGCUACGACUACCAAGCGCUGCAGCUGACAGAUUAUGUGUUCAUGAGAUGGAAGGAACACUUCUUAGUCCCUGACCACACGAUAAAAGACAUCAAUGGUGCCAGCUUUGCGGGUUUCUACUACAUUUGCUUCCAGAAGUCUGCGGCUACGAUCGAAGGAUACUAUUACCACCGCAGUUCGGAAUGGUACCAGUCACUGACACUGAGUCAUGUGCCAGAACACAAUACACAGAUCUACGAGUUUAGGUGAAACGUCAGUGCAACAAAGGGACCACGCGGUCUGGGACAGUGUCAACAUUCGAAAUUUUUUUGUAUUAUUUUGUGAUCUUAUGUAAAGUAAACAACGGAUUUCGGAUAUCACAAUUAGUCACUGACAUCAGAGAGAACCAUGUGUUGUUUUGUUAAAGUUUGAAUUGGUUUUUAAAUUAUUUUAUCGUCAGUUGGUUUUUGUAUGCCUUAGACGUAUAGGUAUGAUUUGCGGUUACCAUUUGUACUGUCUGUUUAUUGUAAAUUUGGGAUUGGCGGGCUCCAAGCCCCACAUUGUAAGUAUAAGAUACAGUACCUUGUAGAUCGUUAUUUCUAUACGACUGAAGACUGAACCGUACAUGAACACUAAAUUCUAUUAUACCUCUACAUUACUAUAUUGUAAACUUUAUUAUCAAGUGAAAAUAUUUUUAUAAUUUUUAAAAAUGUUCUUUUUAUAAUUUUUACAGUACAACUUGUUUUAUGUGAUUACUUAAAAAAUUUAAUAUUUUAUUUAAUAGUUUCAUCAUUUACUUCUCUGUAGUAGUGACUCUGUAUUUUUUGUAUAUUUGUUUGUAAAUGUAUUUGUGAUAUUUUUGAA